UGCUCCCAUAUUGAAAGACAUAAAGAUGAAUGUGCUUUUGUCAAGUCAUCAUGUACAGGAUUCAGUGGUAUAUAUUUACGCUUCUAUUAUUGCUCUCAACUUUGGAAACCGCUAUCUGUCUCAUUGAUGUGUUUAGGCUUAUUAUUACUCUUUGGUGCUGUCAGUGUCGUGGCUUCAGACUUUUUUUGUCCUAACUUGCAAACUAUAUCUUCAAAACUCAAGUUAUCUGAAAGCAUGGCAGGGGUAACCAUAUUGGCGUUUGGAAAUGGAAGUCCAGAUCUUUUUAGUACAUUUUCAGCAAUGAAUAGCGGAUCGGGAUCAUUAGCUAUUGGUGAACUUAUUGGUGCAGCCUUUUUUAUUGUUGCUGUUGUCUCUGGAAGUAUGGGUAUCAUCCGGCCUUUCAAAUCAAAAAGAAUUACUUUUAUGCGGGAUGCAUCUUUUCUCACUGGGGCCAUUACUAUGAUUACUUGGAUUGUUUAUCAUCAACGUAUUUGUUGGUAUCAUGGUGUUGCUCUUAUUAUGUACUAUGUAUCUUAUGUCUUUAUUGUCGUUUAUGGUGCUUAUCAUUUCCCUGGUUCUGAAACGCCUGCUCAGUUAGAAUCAAAGUCUUUGGAACCUUCAGUAAAUGAUGCAUUGGUGACUGAAGUAUCAAGGUUACUGGGUAAUCAAGUAUCAAUCAAUUCUUCACAGCAAUCAAUGAAGUCAUCUUUACGUAUCGAUUCUAUCUAUGGAGCAAGAACUACCAGUACAAAUGGAUCUAUUUCUUCAAGAAUGUAUCGUCACGCCAUGGCACCACGUGUUGGGAUCAGAACAUCUUUAUUUGGCGCUAUUGAAGUAAGGAAAACUAUACACAACAAAAAAGCACCUGCAUUUCUACUCGCACCACCAACCAAUAAUCAUCAAGUCAAACCAAUAAAAGGUCAAGUUGAAGCAGAUCCUAUUUUAUACACAACAGCUGGUGUCGAUAUAGAAGAGGAUAAUGAUCAUCAUUCUAUAUCCGUGGCUUUACCUACUCCUGAUUCUGUCAAAAUUCUUCCUUCAACUCCUGAAUUCUUACACUCGGAUGAUAAACCUUGUACUGUCAUGGUAGGCCCUAUUCCUAUACCUAUUCACACUUACUUGAUGCUAGAAGAUAUCCUUUAUACACUAUUCCCAACAUUACAAGAUUGGUCCAGCAAAACCACUUUCGCCAAACUUAGCUCACUUGUUGCCUUACCUUUUGUCUUGAUCUUCACAUUAACUUUACCUGUGGUGGAAAGUGAAGAUAUCAAAAUCGAUGACUUUGAAGUGGCUGCAACAGAUGAAAUACUAGAAUCUACAUUAGAAACUCAGCAGCAACAACAACAACAACAUCAAAACCAUCAACUGAUAUUGGCUGAUAUUGGUUUUUUAUUAUUAAUAUUAUUUGUAAUAGUGAAUGGGUUUAUUGCUUUUCAAUAUAUCAGCGUUGGGACUGCCAUAGGAUGUAUAUUAGCAUUGUUCAUCAUGACAUGCACUGAUUCAAGACAACAGCCUUCUUGGUAUUGGCUACUUUCGUUUGCAGGUUUUGUCAUUGCAUUGAAUUGGAUCUUUUUAUUGGCCAAUGAAAUGGUUGGGUUAUUACAGGCUCUGGGUGCUAUCUUUAGUAUCAGUGAAGCAAUCAUGGGAUUGACCAUAUUUGCAGUUGGAAGUAGCGUUGGUGAUUUAGUGGCAAACACAGCUAUUGCAAAGAUGGGCUUUCCUACAAUGGCCAUCUCCGCGUGUUAUGCAGGACCUCUUCUAAAUAUGGUGCUUGGAGUUGGUAUAUCAUCAACAUAUCAAACUUUGUUAACUGGUGUACCAUAUAAACUGGAUAUUGCACCUACCAUCUUAUUAUCUUCUGCUGGACUUAUCACUGUCUUAUUGAGUACCCUGGUAGUUGUGAAUUUGAAUGGAUACUGUAUCAACAAGGAACUUGGUUGGUGGAUGAUUGGUGUUUAUGUUAUUUGUUCCUUUAUGGAUGUCUUAUUGGAAAUG